GUUUGUCAGUGCUUAUCUUGCGCCAAUGAGAAUCAGACGUGACUGCUGCGUACAACAUUUACCGUUGCCUGAACAGUCUUUGUGUCAGUGUUUGUUUUGUGUUACACCGCGUUCGUUCGCUUCAUCCCCCGCAUAGUACAAACAUUCGAGUGGAAAAUUUUUUCAAUUUUCAAGGCGGUAUCCACCGAUUUGCUAUAACUUUUGUAUAUUGUUGGGCUUAUUGCGUAGCAGAAGUGCGUGUUCAUUGAUUGGCCAGAGGUUGGCCUAAAUUCCUGUCGACUGUUUAGACCGUUCAUUCUUGGAUGGGUGUAAAGCGUAGUAUGCAAGUGAACUGGUGCAACAACAAGGACUGUUUGGGUCUUCGUAAGCGUGUCUGCGGAUUGCAUCAAACCUGGAAGUGGCUUCACCAGACGCCCGCCCUGCACGAAUACCUCAUCUCCGCUAGCUCUGUGGCAGCAGAUACCCAGGUCCCAGCCAGCGCGCUCUAAAGUUCAAAAUAACAAACGGCCAAAAUCAAGAAAAAAAUAUAUAUAUAAUAAAAAGCAAUAAACCAAAAGAAGGAAUUCGAAAAAACAGCGUGCUGAGCGACAAAAAAAAAGCAACAAAGAAAAAAUAAGCUAAAAUAGAAACGCUACAGAUAAUAAUUAAUACGCACACACCUAGCCAUAGACAACA